AUCUAUAUUUCUCGAGUAAACGUAAGUAAGAAAGUAAGUCAGUCUUCAUUUAUAUAGCACCUUUUAAAACUUGGGUUACAAAGCGCUUCAAAAUAAAACACCACAUCCAUACAUAACAAUGCAACUUUAUAAAAUCCACGAUCCCUCUACUAAAGUUUGAAUGAAUGCAUGAAUGGUUUCAGUCUUUCUGUAUUUCUUGGUUCGAACAAUCUGCAAAAAACUAAAACUUUGAAUUUGAUUUGAUUUGAAUAAUCUAAUUAAUGAUUCAGUGAUAAAAGUAUGCUUCAGCUUUUAACCUCUGCUAUGCUCAGUAAUUUCUGUAACACAACUGCAACAUUCCCUUUCUGAUGUUUGGAACUUAACUGUGAACCGUCUUGUUUGCGUAACAUCAUGCCAGAUCCUGGUUAAAUUCAAUGUAUACAGAUGUAUUCCUGCGGUAGCUCCUUUUCACAGUCUGCUGACUGUGUUUGGGCAUUAAUGCUGAUUGGCUUAUUCUGAUUGAAUUCUUUGUUAUUGUGUCAUGAAGCCAAAGUAGUUUAAUGAUCAGAGCAACAAUUGUAAUACAAAUUUUGUAUUUUUGUUAAUACUAUUGUAUCAUUACAUAGAAGAAGUUGAAGUUUCCUAGCUUUCUCAGAAAUGGGUGGAAAUAUCACAUUAAUCACACGUGCUGUGUAUAGUAGCCAAUACUAUACCCAGCAAUACAUGUUCCGCAAAACGCCACAUAAAUAUGAGCACUUCCUCUUUGUGAGUUUGUACUUGUGCUCUUGAGUGGAGAGAGAUUGGAUAUUCUUCUGUGCUACAAUCAGCUCCACUGAGUGCCACUGCUCCUCACUAAUACUGAGACAUGAUUGGAGCAGAGAGACUCAUCCUCAUUGGCUGCCUGCUACAAGGAGCCCUGGGCAGAGAGUGGGCAGUCUGGAUGCCUCAGAGUAUAGAAGCUCUGAGUGGAUCCUGUGUGCUGAUUCCCUGCAGAUUUGAAAUGCCAGAAUAUAACUCUUACUAUGGGUCUCCCUAUGAUUACUUGCUGAAACGCUAUCCAGACUCCGUUACAGGAUUAUGGCGUAAAGAUAGAACAACAGUGUUUGAUUCCAGAAGCCAAUCUGAAUCUCAUCUGAAAGGAAUGAUGACUGGAAACCUUUUGCAGAAGAGGUGCACUACAGUUCUGGAGAACCUUCCUAAGUAUUAUAGUGAGCAAUAUUACUUCAGAUUAGAAACCUCUUAUUUCCAAUUGAAUUUUCAUCCAGCUGUUCAAAUUAAUAUCAAAGACUCUCCACCCAAACCCAAAUUAACCACAGAGAAGGUGGAGGUGAUGGAGGGGACCUCUGUGAGUUUGAGCUGCUCUGCUGCAGCCCCCUGUCCCAAACUCCCCCCAAAUCUGACAUGGACCCCCAGGCUGAGUGACAGUGUGGAUCAACUGCAAGAGAAUGAGGAUAAUACCACAUCUGUGUCUUCUGAUCUGACCUUCACUGCUUCCCACCUCCACCAUAGGCAGAAGAUCACCUGCAGGGCACUUUACACACUGCAACAAGGAGGCAAUCAGAGGAUGUCUGAGGCCAGUCUGACUCUCAAAGUCCGAUAUCCUCCAAAGAAGACCUCAGUGUCUGUCAGUCCCUCUGGUUCAGUGUUAGAGGGCAGCUCAGUGAUUCUGACCUGCAGCAGUAAAGCCAGGCCAACAGUGCAGAACUACACCUGGUAUAGAGUGAAUGGGACAGAGAUGAACACUGUAGGAAAUGGACAGAAUCUCACCUUCAAUGUGACUGAGUCCAGUGGCAGUGAACAGUACUACUGUGAAGCACAGAAUGAACAUGGCAAGGAGAACUCGACAGCUGUGCAGCUGGGAGUUAAUUAUCCUCCUAAGAAGACCUCAGUGUCAGUCAGUCCCUCUGGUUCAGUGUUAGAGGGCAGCUCAGUGACUCUGACCUGCAGAAGUAAAGCCAGGCCACCAGUGCAGAACUACACCUGGUAUAGAGUGAAUGGGACAGAGAUGAACACUGUAGGAACUGGACAGAAUCUCACCUUCAAUGUGACUGAGUCCAGUGGCAGUGAACAGCACUACUGUGAAGCACAGAAUGAACAUGGCAAGGAGAACUCGACAACUGUGCAGCUGGGAGUUAAUUAUCCUCCUAAGAAGACCUCAGUGUCAGUCAGUCCCUCUGGUUCAGUGUUAGAGGGCAGCUCAGUGACUCUGACCUGCAGCAGUAAAGCCAGCCCACCAGUGCAGAACUACACCUGGUAUAGAGUGAAUGGGACAGAGAUGAACACUGUAGGAACUGGACAGAAUCUCACCUUCAAUGUGACUGAGUCCAGUGGCAGUGAACAGUACUACUGUGAAGCACAGAAUGAACAUGGCAAGGAGAACUCAACAACUGUACUGCUGAAUGUGAUAUACCUGCCUCAGAUCUCUGGCUCUGGGAGCUGCAGCAGAACUGCAGCAGAGAUCAGCUGCUCCUGUGAGAGCCGUGGGAAUCCCUCUCCCAGCAUGGAGUGGCGUGUGUCUGGACUGCGGGUCACUAACUCUACUGACAGAGUCAUCAGAGAGGAGCAGCUGGGGAACACAGGCCUGAGGAGCUCCCUCACCAUGCGCCACUCACAGGGAGACACGGCCACUCUCCUCUGCCUCAGUACCAACGCUCUCGGCACCUCCAGCCUCCAGCUCCAUGCCCCAUCUCCACAGCAACACUCAGAUUUCAGCAUUCCCUCACUGCUGAUUGGUGCAGCUGCUGGUGCCGGUGCCAUGAUGUGUAUUUUCCUCAUAAUGCAGCUCGUUCUAAAAAAAAAGAGACACAGCCAUGGUUCUCAAGUGAAGGACACUGAAGGGCUCAUUCUGAUGGCUGGGAUGGCCACUCAAGAUGAGGAAUCGGCCAACGCCAACAAGACCACGCUGUCAGACCCGGGGGCCGUGGGAAAGGGGAACGGGACCUCCCUACACUACGCCACCGUGGAUUUCUCCAAACUCCGCAGCACGGGUGGCAAUCAAGGAACAGGUGUUAUCCGGGGCACUUCCCAACGGACUUCCGACUACGCCGUGAUCCGACACAGAUCCAGAGAAGAAGGUGAGGAGGUGCAGGGGGAGGUGGAGGUGGAGAAGGAGGGACCGGCUGAGCUGGGAGCAGAGAGGGAGACAGCCGAGGUGAGGGGCGGGCAGGAGGGGGAGCCGGAGCGGGAGUGUUUGCCGAAUGUGAACCAGCAGCCCUCCAUCAACCCUGACCCCGUGGAGGAGGCCACCUACGGGAACAUCUGUCGCUCCAGGCCCACUAAGAGGGCACAGCAGGGGCAGCAGGAGACACGCAGGAACCCUGCUCCAGAGGAGGAGGAGCAGAGAGAGGAGGGGCAGGAGGACAUGUAUGUGGAUCUCAUGAGCCCCCUGACGGAGGGAGGUGGAAAGGGAGUGGAGGAGAGUGAGUACGCCGAGGUCAGGAAGCUCCAGUGACACGCCACGGAGAUACUACGACCCAUUGCGAUGCGCUCUGCCCUAAAAAAUACCAGAAUAUUUACUUCACAGCGUGCUACAAAUGUGUUAUAUUUCAGUAUGUUACAUUACAUUACAGUGCCAUAGUAUGCUUGCAGUGCCUAUGAAAAAGCUACUGUGCUUUGUUACAGUUUUUGGCAGUUUGAUCAAUUUUAAGGUCCCUUUAAGUCAUGAUUAUAUUAGCAGAGAAGUGACAGCUUUGGCAGUUUUUUUUUAUUUACAUUGCAUCACAUUAAUUCACCAGUUUUAAGUGUGUCUUAAAACACUUUCACAGCAUGCUUUGUACAUCCAGAUAUGUAACAUCAAGUUCACAUUAGUGUUAUGUGACAUUGCGUUAUGCUACCAUACAGACAUGACUGUUUCCCACGUCCAUGUGCAAGCCAAUGUGUGAAGAGUCACAUUAUGGCCCAUGACUUAGCCAUGUUACUUUGCUGUGUGUUACAUUACAAAAUAUGACAUUAUCAUUGUUUUACCACACAGGUUUUGAGCAAUAAUUGUACAGGUUGUGAAACAUCUUUUAGUGGUUUUCAGAAUACAUGUCAUUGCACUUAUUCUAAUCUUAAUGUGUGUUUUAUUAUCUAAUUAAGAAUGUUUGCUACUCCCGUUUGCCCUCCCAAAUCCCUUCUCCUUUGCUACUGAGAGUUCUUAUUCAGUCAUAGACUGGCUUUUCAAAUGUUGAUUUGACAUUCUGGGCUUACAUGCUAACCACAUAGCUCUGAAACAGAUAUAUUGACCAUCUGGGCACCAAGUGUUGCGCCAAGUUGUAGAAGUGUGCCGUGGACCAACUGGAAUAUGAGCAUUUGUAAUUUAAUUGGUGAGAAGAGGGCAGGUUAUGCAUCCUGCUCUGGCGCCCCUUUACCUACAGUGUCUGCUCUUUUGUUGUUUUUUGUUUUUAAUAUUAUCAUUAAAACCCUUUUCCUGAAA